GCAGAUAUUGUGAAUUUUUGUUGCGUAUUUUGUUCUUUGUUUUGGAUGGCGUUCUGGCAAUCAUCGUCGCUGUGAAAAAAGGAGCUUGAUGCCUUUACGUACGUAUUCCUGAUUCUUCGAGAACGCAGUGGUUUUUGUGGGUAGGGCAACCGCCCGAACCUCCCAUGCCGCCAAUGGACGGACUUCUCGGUUGGUUCCAGCCUGAACACAAGGUGAAAGCUUUAGAGACCUGGACAGCAGCGUACCUGACCUUCGUGAAAGAGAAAGACGCGAAUGGGGCAUGGGGUCACGGGAUUCCGCCGGCUGUUCACGCCUUGGCCAACGCCGGGUCGUCGGGAGUGGUUUACAACGAUGCGUCGUUCGCCACGCCGCACGGACUCAAAGACGACAAGUUUUUGGCGACGAGUAACUCUACCCAGAGUGCGUACGCCAUUAUGUCAAAAGUCACCAGCGUCGGUCAUCGGCUGGAGAACCGCGCCUCGACCUGGAAUCUCGACCAGAACUCUCGGCUCACGUGCAAAUACGGCGGCUGUCCCUGGCGUCAACUUCGGAGUCACUACUCUUCUGGGAUUCUCGGCUUGCACGAGGAAAUCCUGGACUUCUUCAGCUAUAUGACUCCUACGGAGGAAGAAAGCAAUUUGAGAAUGCGGGUUAUCCAGCGAAUACGUGACGUAAUUUUAUCGUUAUGGCCUGAUGUUGAAAGUGUUCAAGUAUUCGGAAGCUUCAGAACUGGAUUAUAUCUUCCCACGAGUGACAUUGACCUGGUUGUAAUGGGGACGUUCAAAGAAUCUCCCCUUCACGUGCUGGAAAAAGCAUUGAUCGAGCAUGAAAUCGCAAUACCUUCGGGGAUUAAGGUCCUUGACAAGGCCUCCGUGCCGAUCAUUAAGGUGUGGGACAAAGAAAGCAAGAUCCGCGUUGACAUCAGCUUCAACAUGCGUUGUGCGGUUAACGUGGCGAACCUGAUCCGAUCAUUCAAGGAAUCUUUCCCCGUACUCCCGCACCUGGUUCUUGUUCUGAAGCAAUUCCUGAUGCAGCGAGAUAUGAAUGAAGUGUUCACCGGUGGCAUAUCUUCAUAUUCAUUGAUUUUGAUGACAGUGAAUUUUCUUCAACUGCAUCCACACCUGGACGCUGUGCUAGCAAAACCCGGCUAUCUCGGAGUUUUGCUCCUCGAAUUUCUCGAACUGUACGGACAGAAGUUCAAUUAUUUACGUACAGGGAUCCGAGUUGCUGACGGAGGCUCAUAUGUGUGUAAAAAAGAGAAACUGGAAGAGACCCGUCAAGGGCCAUCGAUGCUCUACAUUGAGGAUCCGCUUAUACCGGGGAAUGACAUAGGACGCGGAUCUUACGGAGCAUUAUUAGCAAAAGUCGCCUUUCGUUAUGCAUACUCCACAUUGUUGGCCGCCUGCUCUUCUUUUCUCUCUGCCAACCUCGACUGUGAUAAAUACAGUUUGCUCGGACGGAUAAUCGUAGUUACCGAUGAUGUCGUGAUGUACCGCGAGUGGAUCAAGGAAACAUUUCCGCUGACGGACGAAUCCCGUGUUGACCCGAGCAGUAUAGGCUUUUGCACGGACGACCCUGCCUCCGAUCCGGGCACCGACGGCGGCGGUGGCUUGGGGGUCGGUGCUGUCUCACCCUCACCUCACUCCCCUACUUCAUCGGGUUUGUCGUCUGCCACGUCAUCGCGUUCCUCGUCGACAGCAUCCACUCCGCCACCGCUUUCGUCUUCCCCGUUGUCAUCCUCGUCGCCGCCGCCGCCACCAUCUGUGCCGAGACUCAUCUCUUCUGCUAGCCAAUUGACGGCCCGGAUGACGAGUUCGUCCGGAACGCAGAGAUACCAUGGCUCAAAUAUAUUUUAUGUUGCUCCGCGUCUUGGAGUGAGUCGGCGAUGACAUUUUAUUCGUAUUUAAAAAUUUAUGGAAAAAUUUCGUGACACUUAGUGGACUGAAAUCCAUUCCAUUGCGGUUACGAAGGGACCGGUAUGAAUCGAGUUGUUUUUACGAUGAGUAUGUGAGAUUUAAUCUUUAUCUGCGUAACUCCCGAAUCCGUUCUACGUUUUUAAUCUUUGAAAUUGUCUUCUAGUAUUUCAAUAGUGGGCAGUAUUGAGGGAAUCCUGCGGAGUCUUUCGAUAUGUCUUUUUUUCGGUGAUGAAAUAUCAGCUGUGUUUUGUCUAUAUGCCGUUGCCAUCUUUGGUGUUCAUUUCUCUGGGGUGAAACUUAGUUUCGGGUCGAAAUCAUUCUUUUUCCGCUGCUUGUUUUGUCGAUCAUGUGAGCAAAUUUCAUCGUGUACUUGACCAUUUAGUAGGGGUUCUUGAUCGACGUAAAUUUUGGUUCUUGAUUUAAAUUGUUCUGUGAACUUUCGUUACGAAAGAUGCUUAGC